UCUCAUUCAUCAGUUUAACUGAGUACCAACAAGGUGCUAGGAAGCCCUGCUUUGAUUUGGGGAUACAGAAGUAGCCCCAGAAUCUAUGCCUUGGUCUGCAAGAGACAGAUGUAAAUAAACAAGCCCAUACUGGUUGGAUCAUACCUAGAGGAAAAGGGGGCAUUUUGAGAAAGCAUCUCAUCUGGUGGUCAGAGCUGAGGCUUCAGUAAUGAGCUGGGGGAAGAGUCUUCAGAAGGAGGACCAGGCUAGGAACGAUACAGCUGUGAUGGAGGGUGAGGGGAGAUGAGGUGAGACUGCAGAAAACGGUCCUCUCCCGGGCCCCAGCCCUGCAGGCUGCACUGAGGACCGAGGAGGCCCGGGUUUGGCUUCUCUCCUGCUUCUGAUGGGAAGGAGGCCCUAGGGAUGCCCACUGGGGUGGGAAAUAAGGAUAAUCUUGCUGAAAACCCUGAAGACAAAGAGGUCUGGGAGACCACAGAGACUCAAGGGGAAGAAGAAACCACCACAGCACCUUCUUCUCGUCCCAACCCUUUCCCCAGCCCUUCUCCCACACCAGAGGACACUGUCACUUACAUCUUGGGCCGCUUGGCCAGCCUCGAUGCAGGCCUACACCAACUGCACGUCCGUCUGCACGUUUUGGACACCCGUGUGGUUGAGCUGACCCAGGGGCUGCGGCAGCUGCGGGGUGCUGCGAGUGACAACCGCGACGCAGUGCAAGCCCUAAAGGAGGUCCAGGACCGUGCUGAGCAGGAGCACGGCCGCUUGGAGGGCUGCCUGAAGGGCCUGCGCCUUGGCCACAAGUGCUUCCUGCUCUCGCGAGACUUCGAGACACAGGCGGCGGCGCAGGCGCGGUGCAAGGCGCGAGGUGGAAGCUUAGCGCAGCCUGCGGACCAGCGGCAGAUGGAUGCACUGAGCCGGUACUUACGCGCCGCGCUCGCCCCCUACAACUGGCCGGUGUGGCUGGGAGUUCACGAUCGGCGCUCCGAGGGGCUCUACCUUUUCGAGAACGGCCAGCGCGUGUCCUUCUUCGCCUGGCACCGCGCCUUCAGCCUGGAGUCCGGCGCCCAGCCCAGUGCGGCAACACAUCCACUCAGCCCGGAUCAGCCCAAUGGCGGCGUCCAGGAGAACUGCGUGGCCCAGGCCUCAGACGACGGUUCCUGGUGGGACCAUGACUGUGAGCGGCGCCUCUACUUCGUCUGCGAGUUCCCCUUUUAGAGAACCGGUCUCUGCUCUGGAGCUCUAGCGCACAUUUUGCACCGGACACCGCGCGCCCUACUGUUAGGGGUCUGGGGGUAGCUCAGAGAUUAAGCAUGACCAUGAAUACAUUUUAAUAAGAGGCUUUUUAGUUUAGAUGCUGGCAUCCAGACUGAUUGGGGCCAUAUCUGCCCCUGAGAUCGCUUCCAAGAAGCAUCAUCAGCCCAGAGCUUAUAAAGGCAAACCCCACAAGAUAGCAUGUAGCCUGCUUACAUGUAGGCCGGAGCAUAAAUUUUUAACAUA